AUAUAUUACCACUCUCCACAGCUCCUGAUCUGAAACAGCAGGAAGAGAACAGAGAUUAGGAAAUGCAGCAGCAGCAGAAGCAUCAACAAAGAGGAUGUGAAUAAAGAGUUCAAAAUCAAACUUCAGAAAAAGGACACACUCCUGCAGGACCUACAUAAAACCCUGUCUUUAAUGUUGUACAACACAAAUCCAAAACACCUGGAAGACGAACAACAUGCUAAUCUGAUAAAACACCUGGAAGACGAACAACAUGCUAAUCUGAUAAAACACCUGGAAGACGAACAACAUGCUAAUCUGAUAAAACACCUGGAAGACGAACAACAUGCUAAUCUGAUAAAACAUCUGGAAGACGAACAACAUGCUAAUCUGAUAAAACACCUGGAAGACGAACAACAUGCUAAUCUGAUAAAACACCUGGAAGACGAACAACAUGCUAAUCUGAUAAAACACCUGGAAGACGAACAACAUGCUAAUCUGAUAAAACACCUGGAAGAUGAACAACAUGCUAAUCUGAUAAAACAUCUGGAAGACGAACAACAUGCUAAUCUGAUAAAACACCUGGAAGACGAACAACAUGCUAAUCUGAUAAAACACCUGGAAGACGAACAACAUGCUAAUCUGAUAAAUCAUCUGGAAGACGAACAACAUGCUAAUCUGAUAAAACACCUGGAAGACGAACAACAUGCUAAUCUGAUAAAACACCUGGAAGACGAACAACAUGCUAAUCUGAUAAAACACCUGGAAGACGAACAACAUGCUAAUCUGAUAAAACACCUGGAAGAUGAACAACAUGCUAAUCUGAUAAAACACCUGGAAGACGAACAACAUGCUAAUCUGAUAAAACACCUGGAAGACGAACAACAUGCUAAUCUGAUAAAACACCUGGAAGACGAACAACAUGCUAAUCUGAUAAAACAUCUGGAAGACGAACAACAUGCUAAUCUGAUAAAACACCUGAGAGAAAUAGAAGAGGAGGUGAAUGAAACAUCAGAAAAGAUAAAGAUUCCUGACGGAAAAACGCCAACCAACACUGAGACGCUCUCCAUCCCACCAUCACCCAACACGAGCACCAAUCAAGAUCCAAAGAUUUUUUAACUUUUGAAAAACUUGAUGAUAAAGAGUGAAAACACUGAGAAGAUCGAUUUAACUGCUUCACCUGAUCACCCAGAACACACCUAACAGCUCUACUGAUCCCUCUGAGGAAAUAGAGAACUGAUGCUGUGGUAAAAUGAAAUUAAUCUAUUUAUUUAAUCAGUUAUGAACAGUUUAGAUCAGUAUUAAAUCUGUAUUAAAUUCUAUUCAUACUCUCUCAUACUCUAUACUGCACUCCAGCUGCACACUUCUCUCUUAAAUUACUACUGUAUCAUGAGAGCAUAUUAAAUUCUUCAUCUCUCUAUAUGUUUCUGCAUGCUUUAUAAUUGAUUAAUUGUGUUGUUUUAUUGUGGCUUCUUGUGUAAGUUAUGUAUUUCACUGCAGCUAGUUGUACCAUGUAGGAUUUGGAUUUUAAAUAAACUGAACCAAUAAGCUGAAGAAACCAGUAAAUUCUAAUUAGAAAUUCAGUUUAAAAUACAAAACUAACUAGUAGUAUUUCAGUAGUAAGUUAUCAAAAAAUAUAAAGUCCUUUAAUAUAUGAAGGAAUGAAAUACUUUUAGUCUAAACACAUAUUAAGCUAUAAUCAUGUAUGUUAAUA